CCACACCUCCUGCCCGCACUACCCGCCGCCCUCCCCCCCCCCAGCCGCUCUCCCCCCCCCCCCGCCUCGUCGAGGGGCGGGAGGGGGCGUGGCACGGCCGGGGUUUGUGUAGCUGCUACCCGGCUCCCCGCACUCGGAGUCUGCAGGAGGAACGCGGCCCGCGCCGCUGUCCAGCUGCUCUGUGCCUUUCGCGCCCGGCGCCGCCGCCGCUGUCGCCGCCGUCUCUCCGGGAAACUCAGCCACUCGCUCGCCAUGGACACUCCUAGGGUCCUGCUCUCGGCGAUCUUCCUCAUCAGCUUCCUCUGGGAUUUGCCGGGUUUCCAACAGGCUUCCAUCUCCUCGUCCUCCUCCACUGAACUGGACUCCACCAAGGACGUGCGGAGCCGCAAAGAAGGGAAGAUGCGGCGGACGGCACCGGAGAGUGAGGAGGGCCGGACGCCCCAGGAGCACCAGCCGCGGCCGAGCGAACUCCGGCGGAGGCCGCCUGGACAGUCUCAGGAGCAGGAGCCUCCCGGCAGGGGCCCGCGCGUGGUACCCCACGAGUACAUGCUGUCAAUCUACAGGACUUACUCCAUUGCCGAGAAGCUGGGCAUCAAUGCCAGCUUUUUCCAGUCUUCCAAGUCAGCUAAUACGAUCACUAGCUUUGUAGACAGAGGACUGGACGAUCUCUCGCACACUCCUCUCCGGAGACAGAAGUAUUUGUUUGAUGUGUCCACACUCUCAGACAAGGAAGAGCUGGUGGGCGCAGAGCUGAGGCUUUAUCGCCAGGCGUCCCCAGCGCCCUGGGGGCCACCGGCCAGACCGCUGCACGUGCAGCUCUUCCCCUGUCUGUCCCCACUGCUGCUGGACGCCAGGACCCUGGAUCUUCAGGGGUCAACCCAAGCCGGCUGGGAAGUCUUCGACGUGUGGCAGGGCCUGCGCCCUCAGCCGUGGAAGCAGCUGUGCUUGGAGUUGCGGGCAGCCUGGGGAGAGCUGGACGCCAGGGACACCGAGGCACGCGCAAGGGGUUCCCAGCAGCCACCGGCCCUGGACCUGCGGAGUCUGGGCUUCGGCCGGAGGGUGCGGCCGCCCCAGGAGCGCGCCCUGCUAGUCGUGUUCACCAGAUCCCAGCGCAAGAACCUGUUCGCGGAGAUGCGCGAGCAGCUGGGCUCUGCCGAGGCUGCGGGAGCCGAGGGGUCAUGGCCAGCGCCGUCGGGCGCUCCGGACCCCGGGCCUUGGCUGCCCUCGCCCGGCCGCCGGCGGCGACGCACCGCCUUCGCCAGCCGCCACGGCAAGCGACAUGGCAAGAAGUCCAGGCUGCGCUGCAGCAGAAAGCCCUUGCACGUGAAUUUCAAGGAGUUAGGCUGGGACGACUGGAUUAUCGCGCCCCUAGAGUACGAGGCCUAUCACUGCGAGGGCGUGUGCGACUUCCCGCUGCGUUCACACCUGGAGCCCACCAACCAUGCCAUCAUCCAGACUCUGAUGAACUCCAUGGACCCGGGCUCCACCCCGCCCAGCUGCUGCGUUCCUACCAAAUUGACUCCCAUCAGCAUCCUGUACAUCGACGCGGGCAAUAAUGUGGUCUACAAGCAGUAUGAGGACAUGGUGGUGGAGUCCUGUGGCUGCAGGUAGCGGUGCCGCCCGCUGCCUGGGCCAGGGACGAUGGAGGCCUGACUGCGGAGAGGCGGAGAGGCGGAGCGGGAGCUGGCCUGGAAAAGGCUCAAGUGGGGGACAGCAUGAACGUAGGAGCAGUGGGAGAGGAGGCAGCCCAGCCCUCCCAGAACCUUCCACUCGCCAACCCAGAAGCAGCUAAGGGUUGCCUGGCCACCCUGGAAAUGCUAGACAAGGAUUCUUUCUUUUCUUUUCUUUAUUAUUGUGGCUUUGGGUUUUGUGUCUCCUUGGUUUUGGUAGGAGAUGGAAGGAGGAGAGAUGCCUAUCUGUUCACAAGUGUGUCGUGGACUGGGGAGGGGGAAGGGAAACGUGAGAGAAAGAGCCCAUCACUUUUAUUCACAUCUCAGACUGGUUGCUUCUUCCUACCUAAGACAGUAGGGUCAUUGAGCCUUUCCGGUCAUAGCUGACGCCCUUGGCUUCUGCACAGGAAGUAUUAGGGGAGUUGGCUAAAGGAAUAUGGGAGUCGGGAGGGGCCUUGCCCUUAGAGAAGCAUGAGAGAAGGGGGCUAAGUUGCCUCCUUCUCUCUUUUGUGCAUUCCCAUGAAUUUAUCGGCUCUGUGCUGGCCUCGACCAGCACAGGGAACUGGGAGUUGCCACCGCUGGUCUCAGGCCUCCGGAUGCCUUUACUGUUGCUGGUGGGGAAAGGAGUUGGUAUGGAUGGAAUGACAGGAAUUAGUCCCUGUGGAACCCCGUGAAGGAUAAUGAGAAACCACAAGGCCUAGCUCUGACCGGGUGACAGGGAGGUGCAGUACCCAAGGCUGCAAGUAGCCCACCCCAAAGAUCUUUGUCGUUCAUGUCUGUUUCAUAGUGAUUUCUUUAAACAGAAUUUGUCAAAAAUUCCAGCACCUCCU